UAGUUAUGUUGUCCCCGAGCAUCGCGUUCCGUAGGAAUCUCCUUAGCUUAAGAAUACAAUAUCUCAAACCUUUGAGUGUGUGCUGGAGGUCGCAGAAAACGGAAGCUAGGCACUUAGAAAGCCAAGAAAGUCUUGAUGGCUUGCGUUCAUUCGGAGAAAUACCACAACGCAAUCGCUGGAGGUUUAUGUACGAUGUCAUAACGAAAACUGAGGGCUUUACCAAACCAUUCAAAUUCUUAGAGCGCCUGUUCGAUGAGCUUGGCCCCAUUUACAAAGAGGACUUCACUAUGAAGCCGUCGACGACAGUGCAUGUAAUCGAUCCAGACGAUUUCGAGAAGACCUUGCGUGCCGAAGGCAAAUAUCCACAAAGGCCAAUACUAGAUUUUCAUCUCGAGCACCGUAGACGGAGAAAUUAUUUCCCUGGCUUACCCAACCUGUGAGUAUUCUUUGCAUCAAAACCUGCUCGAUAAUUUCUUCAUAGUCCUAGUUUUCAAGCCCUACAACCACGCAACAUUGUGGCAGAUCAAGCCACUAAGAAUUAUUUAAAGGAAGCCUACAGAAACACAGAAAAAAAUACAAAAUCCACAAUCUUCCUCACACAGUUUAAUUUUAGCAACGAUUUGAAUUGUCAUUAUUUCUAAUAUUGUUAAUCAUAUAGACUGUUCACAGUCCUCUAUUUUUCUGUAAGAUCAUCGAGAUCGAGCGCUUUGCGUUACUGGUUAGGGCACCACAGAGCUAUAAUCCCCGACGCCCGCCCCCUCGGUACAUUUGAAAAUCAAGAUCAGGGUCGUAACAUGGUAUAUGGGCUCAGGGCUCAAAGCCCAAAAUAUGAUUGGGAUCAGGGCUCAGAGGAAAGGGCUCAGGGAUCAGAAGAAUGGGAUCAGGGAUCACGACGCUUUUGAGCCCGAAUCAGGGAUCAGAUUUAUUACACGGUCUAAAAAUCUCAUCACAAUGUAAUUUUCGCUUACAGUCAAACCAGGUCAAGCGUUUCCGUCACUAGCAAACUAAUGAAUUCAUUAAUGGAAAAAUGAUUUCGUUUGUUGAUUCAAUAAUCCAUUCAUAAAAUGAAUAAUCCAACAAUCAAAUUGGGCCUCGAUUCAAUAAUUAAAUGUUGAUUUGGUUUAUUAACAAAAUCUACCUGUUCUUUAUUCUUGUCUGUUGAGUUCAAUCGUAUUUGCUUCCCUUUUCCUGCCGUUUACGACUGCGUUUGUAACCUCACAAAGUUGCCUAAUUUAAAAUUUUGUGUAAACACAUGGAUGGGAUCAAUGCUUUUAUCAGGGCUCAGGGAUCAAAAUUUUGGGGAAAAUGGGGCUCAGGGAUCAAAAUAACCGCUAGAAAAUAGGGAUCAGUGGGCCCCGGAUAUACCAUGUUACGACCCUGCAAGAUAGCCGUGACGGUAAGACGCGGUAUAUCGAUCUCACGAAAAAAUAGGGGACUGUGAACAGUCUGUUAAUCAUACAUUUACUGGUGACAUACAUGAUUGAUAUUCUCCCUAUUCCUAGUUUUCAAGCCUCACAACCACGCAAUCGCAGAUAAACCACUCAGAAUUAUUCACAGGACGCCUACAGAAUAUUUUGCCUCGUCACGCAAUCUAAUUUUAGCAACAAUUUGAAUUUUGUUAUCAUAUACAUUUACUAAGUGAUAUACACGAUUGAGGUUGACUACGUUACGUGCUCUUUUGUAGGUUACAGAAGGAAUGUUUUCGACGAGUGAGCACUUCCCGAUCUAGUACAUGUAGUUGCCAUUUUUGAUGUUGAAAAUUAAAAGACUGAGAUUCAGGGCCUUUGAUAUGAGUCAGCCCUUUAGGCCGGGUUGGGGCCCGUUUGUCGAAAGUCCCAAUAAUUAACGGGCCCGUAAAGCUGUUGUUGUUUACAUUCAAGGUUUCAAUAGUUUUGCAUCUAACAUGAUAAAACUAUCAGUUAAUGAAACAAAAUGGAGUAGUUUGCUAGCCAGGACCUGUGCUCUUAUUCUUUAUAUUUCGAUUUGAAUAUUUUCUUUCUUGCCGUUAAUUGCCUUGUUUUCUCAUAAAACUUUCGUUUUGUUUACACGAGAAAGGUGGCCGGCCUAGCUCUGCUCACCCCCCCGCUUGCUCGAGCAGAGAUCUGAGCAAGCAGGCCAGCACACUUCGUUAUUUUUAGGGAAGCAGUGAAACGGAAGGGGGUGGUGUGGGGCAGCAGGGUAGUGCUACUUGGGGGGGGGGGGCGUCAAUGACUGUUAAAUCAGAACACCUCCACAAUAAGCGAUUUGUGAUCCAAACGAUGACACUUUCUUAAACUGAAGAAGAGAGAAUAAUUUUUAACAAUAUUGGACUUAACAUACUCAGCCAUGCCAGUUUUGUUUUAACAGACAAGGAGAAGAAUGGCACAGAGUGCGGCAAACCAUUGCUCCUAAAAUCAUGCGCCCUAAAGUUGUCGAGGAAAACAUCGGGAACUUUAACGCUGUAAGCAAGGAUGCUGUGGCAAGUUUGGUUAAGCUGAAGAAGGCUUGUGAGCAAGAUGAUCACAUGCCUGACUUGGAAAAGGAACUUUAUCGAUGGGCUUUAGAGGGUAACAAUCAGUGUAUAUUUUUGCGAGGUAUCCUUGUAUCCCAAAUCGUGCCUCUGUUCUAAACGCUAUCCUGGAACCCGCCAAAACCUAUGUUUCGGACCACAGGCGGCCCAAACAUACGCUACAAGGAAAGGGUGUAAAGUAAUAGACCUUUUUACCGAUGCGACGGCCAUAUUGAAUUAAUUCGAGUUAAUAAGGAGUAUUAUGGGAUGCCCAGGGGGCAUGAGCACGAUCCGUUCCGGCUCGCUUAGUAUCAGAAAUAUGGUCUUUCACUGUAUAUUUCUCAUCCUCGGAGACACAGGGGCUUCUGGCUUCUGAUUGGUGGCAGAAAAACGCAAGUUUUCUGGCACCAAUCAGAAGCCAGAACGGUGGCGACCGUUUGGAACUGGUCUGGUAAGACAUUGUCCCCAGGGGCUCUUCUCGCCGUUCUUUACUUUUCUUCGUGCCACAUUUUUCCGCCCGUUUAGACUUUCCCUCGUCCCCACUAUCUGCCCCUGGGUCUCCGAGGACGUAUAUUUCUCGGAGAAAAGGUGAUCUUUAUUACAUCCAAACACGGCACAACGAUCUUAUUUUCCCAUAACAAUCUUAUUCUAAGAAAACAUAUAAUUGUUAUGACAUCAGUAUAGGGCUUUAUUACAUUAGGAUCGUUUACAUUAGGCCUACAUUACAUUUAGGCCUUCUACAACUCCAAGAAAAGGUAGAAAGCUCAUUGUCAAAUACAACUCACGUGUUCUAAUGACUGAACCAUAUUUUUUUCGUGGUGUUUAUUCUAGGUAUGGCUACAUUCGCAUUUGAUACUCGCCUUGGAUUAUAUGAAGAUCCACCGCCACAAGAGGCACUUGAAUUCACAGAGGCAAUCAUCAACUUUUUCGAAAUUUCGCAACAGCUUUUGUUCGAUGCAUUUUACCAAAUUGCUUCCAAGUAUAUUGACACACCACUAUUUAAAAAAUUUCUCAAGAAUUGUGACGCUUUGUUGAAUAUCGGAGGGGAUUUUGUUAACAAGAAAAUGAUGGAGCUAAAAGAAAUGACAGAAAAGGGAAUUGAUCCUGCCAAGACUGAAGGUGUGUUAGUUGCUUUAUUAUUCAUUCAAAAUAAUUCCUAGUUUAAAAACAAGCUAAAACAUGCAUACCUUCGUCGAUGUUAAGUUCACCUCGAUAGUGCAUGAUUAGAAGAUAAAGGGGUCGGGUUCAGGUCUGCAAAUAUACUGCAACCAGCAGAUGUUGUCCAUCGAGUUGUCUUCUUGCUAUGUUUUUAGACAAUAGUUCGUCGUGACACGAGUAAAAUGUUCCGCCGACUGUUCGGCCAUUUUUCUUUUCAGAACCAAAACAACUCAACCUCGUCCCCAGGUCUUCUCGGUUAACGGUGCAUUAACCUGCAACUGUGCUGCACUUUUGACGUCAUCGGCAGAUUAAUCACAAAAUUCUUCCAAAUUUGGUCAACCGUAGCUGGUUAUGGUGAAUUAUGCAUGUGCUUUUAGCCAAUCAGAAACGGAGAAAUAUUUUGAAUGAAUAAUAACAUAACUUAUGUUCAUCUGCAUUUCUUCCAUACAGUAAAUAAUGCUCAGCUUGCAAGACAAGCUACGGCCACACGAAUAGGGGGUGCAUUAUCCAGGGGCGUAGGUAGGUGGGGGGGUCCUGAGGCCUUCUUUUGAGCAAACGAAAACGCCAUGACAAUAUCUUGGCCGUAAAAGCCAUUGUUGGGAAGCCCACUUUUUUUAAAUUUGUUUUUUUGUAAAGUAUUUUCGUCAACGGCUCCUGUCUUUAGUUAAUAUGGGCCUUCAUACCGCGAUAAUACGACAUGACAAUCUGGUGAGUAGCCUCUGUGACCCCCCCCCUUUGAAAAAUCCUGGCUACGCCCCUGUUAUCAAGCAUUAUUAUUCAUUCAAAAUAUUUCUCCGUUUCUGAUUGGCUAAAAGCACACCUGAACACACCUGAUUACCCCUUUAUCUUCUAAACAUGCACUAUCGAGGUGAACUUAACAUCGACGAAGGUAAGCAUGUUUUAGCUUGUUUUUAAACGAGGAAUUAUUUUGAAUGAAUAAUAAAGCAUUUAAUGAAUUCGGCUUUCGUUGGAUAUAAAGAAUUAUGCAGAUCGAGGAGGGUGUUGUCCACCGAGGCCGAAGGCAUAAUUCUUCAUAUCCUACUCAGCCUCAUUUAUUAAUUGCUAAUUAUAUGAGUUGGUCACUACACCCAGGCAAGAUCGAGCCUGUACGUCAGAAAAUAAUAAUCGAAACCCAGAUCCCCGUUUCAGCGUAAGAGGAGUAAAAGAUAGUGAUACCUGGGUAUAUGAUUGAUUUGGGAGAGGUCGUAGUCAACACGGUUACCGACACCGUACAAACGACUUAUUGACGGGAUCAAGCAAAACUAACCACGAGAGAACGUCUGGAGAACUGACAAUUUGACUGACAAUAGACGAUUGUUUAACUUUGACAACAGGGACUUUAAGAUCCAACGACAUGGACGGUAACGAGAACGUCAAAAAACUAUAGGUUUUAUUAGCAAAACAACAACUUUGCACGUGCAUCAAGCUUUUCUGUACAUUUCUCUGCCCGUUUUUUCACGACUACGACGUGAACAUGCCUAAUUUCGCGUUUUAUGGAGGACGUAAACAAGCAACGACGAAAUUUUAUUUCUUUUUCUGUACUUGUGUAUGGUGCCUAGGAAUUCAACUCCAGGAGGGUUUGCCUACAUUUGACAAAGUACCUGGGUAGAAAUAAUUGCGAUAAAGAAUGAAAGAACGCAAAUUCACUUUUUAAGCGACGUUGUCAUUGCCGUCGCGUCGUUGGAUCUUUAAGUCCCUAUUAGAAGGAUCGAAACGCACUAAUGACAUUACCAGUCUUCAUAUAGCCAAUAACAUCACGGCUUAACUGACAGACGACCAACAUCGACGAACAUUGCUACUUAACAUAAUUGACCAAUCAGGUCAAUAACCAGUCAGAGUUUAUUAUCAACUGACAUGAUACUACUCACUUUGACUAUGAAAAUGACUACCGCAAGUCACUGCGAUCAACAACAGUCCUAUUGUGGGCUACGUUCACCCGGAACAUCAUAGUCAACCUACUUGGGAAAGGUCUAUGGAUAAAACAUUGUUUUAUUUCUGUAAUGUAGUUGUUCCGCUGUUGACUUAUUUACUCAUGAAGAAAGAUCUUACCCCAGAGGAGGUCAAUGGACACGUAGUUGAUGUUGUCGCUGGUGGUGUUGAUACGGUAAGAAACUCUUCCAUUUAAUUCAUUUGAUUGAGAGGGUGGAGCAAAAUUUCAAAAUUAGAAAAAUGAAGAUGACUGGACUAUAAGAAAAGACAACAGGUAUUAUUACGAGGCUGUAGUCAUUUUAUUAAAUACCCCCUCCCCCUCUCGUGACCCUUCGAACAUAGCGGGGAACGUCCGUCUCCCCCUGGGUAGGGAGGUUUCUUAAAAGUCCCGAAGUAUCGGUACUUGGAAACCAAACAGAAUUCAUCUCAGUCUGGAUAAUUAGGUUUCGGAACUCUUAUGACUGCUGUGGGAACCUCGCUUUGAUCAGGGGUGGCAAGCUACAGUAGUACGAGUCCAACUCACGGACCGGGGAGCGAGGUUGUCUAGGAAGGACAGUUAAAGUAAACAUUCCAAUUUUAGCAGACUGGCUAAAAAAGGGAGAUUUACAUAUACAACAUAUACAUUUAUAUAUCAUAACUAAGAAAAAUUUUGUCUCCUAUCUGAGCAGAUAUCAAAUUCUGUUUUGUGGUGGUUGUACAACUUAGCACGAUUUCCGGAGGUCCAAGAAAAGCUGUACCAGGAGAUAGAAAGUGUUUUGGGGGAAGAUGAUGACGUCACUCCCAAGCAUCUUGCUAAACUAAGCUAUCUUAAAGCUUGUCUUAAAGAGUCCAUGAGGUAAAACAGUUCAACCACACUAUAUUUUAGAGAUGUGUGAACUAUCAAGGGCGGAUCUAGGGGGAGGGUGUAGGGGGUGCACCCCACCCACCAAGUCCCCCCCCCCCCUGAGAGGGCUUCUGACAAUUGGUACUUUGCAAAAUAUGCAGAUAUGUAUGAUAUGUAUUCUCUGAAGUUCACAUUAUGCUAUCGCCUAAUCAAAAGCCUUCUUCGUAUUCGCUUGUAAAUUUGUUUACAAUUUACCAGUCAGUUACGCCACAUUCUUAGUGGUGCACCCUCACCGCCCCUUGGAUCCGACCCUUGUUAUUAUCGCGUUCACUAGAACACACUUCCUAAUCUGGUGUUCCUGUGGUACAAAGGCAGAAAUUUUCGAGCUAUCACGGGCGACUGCCGAUCUGAGCCAGCCCUAUAUAUUGUAUCAGGGGCAUCUCGGCGGCAGGAAACUGGACUUCUUUGGACUCGUUUUCGUUUCCUUUAGUCUCGUUUUUAUGCAGAUGGCUAGCCAGGGACCAGGCUCCGCAGUGGGGAAAAAAGGAAAAAAAAUGGGGUCAAAUAGGAAAAAUAUCGGUGAGCGAAGCGAGCCCGGCGGAAGUCUGGGCCACCCUUACCCCUUCCGAGACUACGGCGAUUUUUUCCUUUUUCCCCCAAUGCGGAGCCUGGUCCCAGGCUAGCAGAUGUCAUGCUCGUAGAAUACAGAGACGAACGCGGGUCCAUAAUCAAUGAUUAUGACUAGUAGGGUACGCCUUCCUUGCCGGCGGGCUUCAUAAUUCGUAGUGGAGCUCUAGUGCGCGCGCUUGCGGAGCACCAUGGGUACUGAAAUUUGAUUAUCUAUGCAUCUAAGAAACUUUGGUUGUGACAACGUACAUUCACCCAGAAUUACUGCAAAAAGAUGUUUCUCAAAAGAUACCACAAGAGCUUCGCUUUUGACCUUGGCUAAAUCUAUAUAUUACAAUUUCUACUUUUUUAUUAUAUUAGGAUGACUCCAAGUAGUCCGUCCCUUACAAGAGUUUUGGACCAGGACGUUGUUUUAUCUGGAUACCAUGUUCCAGCAAAAGUGAGUAAGAAAUCCCAAGGUUGAAGUCUCAACCCUAAGACUUGUCUCUUGGAAGCGCUGUUGUGCAUUAGACAAAGGCUUCACCAAAGCUUUCUUUUGGAAUCCAUAAACCUUGCAGCACAAGUGAUGGCAAGAAUCCUUGGAGCAAACCAGAAAAGACUGCUCUUAAAUGAAAACUCUGGAUAUGCUGACAAAAUUUCUCUCGUUGCCUUAUCAGAAAAUUCUCUCCCCUUUCUCCCAGCUCCUUUACGAAACAUAUGAGAAAAUGAUAUAAUCAGCAUGUAGUAAUCAUGCAUUUACCAUCUUUCAUUCUUUCACUAAAACGAAACAUGUUCACUGCGUCCAAUGUCACAGUGUAGCUGAAACGAGUUUGGGUAACUAGUUUCUUUUGCACAGUUUACAAGAUAAUUUAUCCCAACACUUUGCAGCCGUUAUUUUGUUUUUGCUGACUUACCUACUUCAUAUUUCAUGCAGAAUAAUUUUUUUGCAGACCUACGUAACAAUGGAAUUUUACGCCACAACUCGCUCAGAGAAGUACUUUAAAGAGCCUUUGGAGUUCAAGCCGGAACGCUGGCUUAGAGAAAGUAAAAAGGUUCAUCCCUUUUCUCACCUACAGUUUGGAUUUGGGCCUCGCAUGUGUCUUGGUAAUAAUUAACACCAGAUCCCUGCUAAUUUGUUUUUUUAUGUGUUUUAUCUAGCGCCACUUACGUUAAUUAAAGAGAAUCAUAUUCCGUAUGACAGACAUCACGAAGUGUCUCCUAUCCCAGAUCCUAGCUUAAACACUAGUAAUGUUGUCAAUUGCAAACAUGAAGACAUGCGGAAAUUACAAAUAAUCUUGUCUAAAAUAAAGUACCCAAAGUUAAAGAUAAGUGCGUUCAGUUCUGGACGUUUAGUGUCCAAACCGUGCCAUCUCUUGAAGAACAAAUGAGUAAAUUAGUAAAAAUUACAAAACGAGGCGAAAUCAGCCGGGAUAUAAGUGUGUGACGCGCGAAACCAACUCUUGCGUUUUGGAAAGAUUUUCUCAAAUUCACCCGAGAAUCAAUUAAGCAAAGAAUUAUCUAGGAAACCAACCUGAUUAUUAUGUUUCCUAUUGUUAUUUUUUUUCGAAGGUGGAUUAUUGUCGUCAUCUGUGCGGUUUACCUUCAGUACUAAGCGCUAAAAUGUUACACUUUUUCUACAGGUCGUCGAGUGGCUGAAUUAGAGAUGUACGUGCUUGUAUGCAAGGUUAGUGUUUUUAAGUUAGUUUUUAAGUUAGAAAAGAGAGCAAACAUGGCCGCAGUGACGUCACGAGAUAACGCCCUAUUGCCCACGUCGGAGACAACACAACCUGCACGCGGUAAGCUCCGCUGGAAGCAAUUGUCAACACCAUAAUAAAUGGUCCCCGGAGAUUUCCCACGGCUAUCAUCGCACGGCGUUUCCGUUACAAAUUGUUUUUUCCGGGCGGAGACCCGGGCGGGUCGGUUUUUUGAGUCUAACAAGAACGGCUAACAUCACACGGUGUUUCCGUUACAAAUUGUUUUUAUACCAAGGGUGCCGUGGACCAGACGGCAACACAGUUCGCAAUUCGCACAGAUGUACUAGUAAUAAUUUGCAAUUUCAGUUUUUUUUCUCCUAAUCUUUCAUGCUCUCUUGUUGUUGCAGUUACUUCAGAGAUUUCGCCUAGAGUAUCAUCACGAACCAUUAGAAAUGCGUCAAAAGUUGUUAACGGCUCCAGAUAAACCGGUUAAGAUCAAGUUUGUCGACCGCGUCUGAGAGUCAAGGCUACCAAUGUGUUCCUAAAGGUUAAUGGCAGA